AUGCGCUACAUCCGCGCCUUUGAAGUAGGCCGGAAUCCUACCUCUGCUAAAUACGAUCUUGCCGUUAGACUGCGCACCACAAAGAAUGGGCCAGCUGUCCGCAAUCGCCUACGCUUACCCCACGCCGUCGAUACCUCCCUCCGCAUCUGCGUGAUCUGCCCUCCUGACUCCCCUGCUGCUUCCCAAGCAAGGAAGGCAGGCGCAACACUUGUGGGUGAGGAAACGGUCUUUGAUGCCGUAAAGGAAGGACGCAUCGAGUUUGACAGAUGUAUAUGUCAUAUAGACUCAGCUCAGAAGCUCAACAAGGCGGCUUUGGGAAAGAUACUCGGACCAAAGGGCCUGAUGCCAAGCUCGAAGACUGGAACUAUUACGAAGGAUAUUGCGGGGACAGUAAAUGGUUUGGUGGGUGGAAGCGAGUACAGGGAGAAAUUAGGAGUGAUAAGGUGUGCCGUCGGACAAUUGGGAUUCACACCAGAUGAGAUGCAGCGAAACGUUAGAGCAUUCGUGGGAGAGAUCAAGAAGGACCUGGCGGUGCUGAGUGAUCGGAUUUCGAAGGAUAUACAUGAAGUGGUCUUGAGCUCAACCAAUGCGCCGGGUUUCACUCUCAAUGGAGAUUUCAGGGGUCCUGAAAGCCCGCCGACAUGCGAUCUUGCUGUACUAUAA